UGCAAUAAAAAAAUCAAUAUAAUAUGUAUAUUCAGUCGUAAUAUAUAAUAUGUAUUUGACUCGUUAGUGUUUUUUAAAACCUAUCUAGAUGUGAAUAUUUUCAUACCAAAAAAAUAUUAUGGAACGCUACUACAGUUUCAUAUUUGUGACCGUAUUUUUAGUCAAAACAAUAAUUUCUAAUAAAAACAUUGAAGACACUGACGUUUCAGUUGAUAUAGAAACCCCUAAGAUAAGUGGAAGGAAUUUGGAUAUUUUUGGGUACAAUUCAAAACCUAUUACAUUGAAAUGGCAGUUAGGAAUGAUACCUUAUUACAUAGAUACUAAGACCUACGAUCCAAUAAUAUUUAAACGUAUUCGCGCGGCUAUGAACACCAUCGAAGGUGCGUCUUGUAUCCUCUUUAAGCCCAUGGAUGGUAUACCCACAAGAAGUAAUGGCUCUUGGCUACAUUUCACCAAUCCUUUGAAUGAGCGAGAGUGCGUCCAUGAGCCGGAACUUGGCGAGGAUGGGGAAUUGAAAAUAGUUUUGGGUUUCGAAUGCAUGAGCCGCCGGGAGGUACUCCAUUCGGUGAUGCACGCGCUCAGCUUCAAAGACGAAGUGUCGCAUCCACAGCGGGACCAAUACGUCAGGAUCGUGUGGCAAAACAUUCAGCCAAAGUAUCGACCUCUAUUUCGGAUACAGCUCGAUGAAGAUCGGACUAAGACUUUGGUAGAGUACGAUCCGAUGAGCGUCAUGCAUUUCCAUGACCGCGCGUUUACUGUUAACGGAGGAGCGACUAUCACACCUCUGGUUCCCGGAUUAGUGAUAAAUCCGUCAGAAAACCUAUCACAACUAGACAAAAUGAAGCUGAGAUUGUACUUCGGACAUGAAUGUAACAAGCGUAAGGUUGGGGAUAUACUGGACACUUGUAAGAACGUGCUGCACGAUAGUCCUCAGAAAGAUAAACUUAUGCAAGAAAUAAAUCAAUCAGCAUCGAACGAGUCAAAUAGCUCUGAAUUUAAUGAUGAUGAAAAAUCUUAAUUACAUUACAUUCCUGAAAUAUAUACUUAUUGUACGACUAGUACUUGAAUGAAACUUCUUGACAAUAAAUCCAUUUUUAAUUCGUAGGUUCAAUCCAACAUUUCAAAUAUAAAUUUAGUAAGAC